AUGGUUGAACUACUUGCCAUCAACCCCAAGAGGGCUGACGACAAGUUCUACCGCUACAAGAUGCCCAGACUCCAAGUCAAGGUCGAAGGAAAGGGCAACGGUAUCAAGACCGUCAUUGUCAACCUGAGCACCGUCGCUCAGUCCCUUGCCCGCCCCGGAGGCCACGUAAUCAAGUGGUUCGGACUUGAUCUCGGCGCUCAGACCAACAUGGAUCCUCCGGAUGACCGCUGGAUCGUCAAUGGCGCUCACGAUGGUGAAACUCUGCAGAAGUCGCUCUUCGUCUUCAUCGAGAAGUACGUCCUCUGUGAUGACUGCGGCAACCCCGAGACCGACCUCAGCAUCAAGGACGAAAUUGUUCGAAAGGACUGCAAAGCCUGCGGUGCCCGCAGCAAGCCCUUGGUUCACUCCAACUUGAUCAACUUCAUCUUGAAGACCCAGUCCAAGAAGGGCAAGAAGUCCAAGACUACCAAGGCUGAGCGACAGGCCGCCCGCAGAGCCAAGCAACUGGCUGACGACGACGAGUUCAUCAAGGCUGCCGCCCAGGUCAAUCACGCGCCCAAGGAGGUCAAGGAUGACGAUUGGUCUGUCGAUAUGUCUGAGCAGGCCGUCAAGGCUCGCCAGAACGCCCUUCCCGACGAGUUCCGUGACAGGCUCGUUCUCGAAGGUGCUGAUGAUGACGACGAUGAAAGCAGUGGUCCCACUGUCUACGAUGAACUUGGCAACUGGAUUCUCGAACAGGCAAAGGCAAAUGGCGUUGACAAUGUUGACGAUAUCGAAAUUUACAAGAAGGCCAAGGAGCUUGGCAUCGAGACCAAGCACAAGACUGUCCUGAUCCUGGCCCAGACGCUCUUCGACCAGAACAUCGUCGCCCAGAUCCCCAAGCGUGCUGGUAUCUUGAAGCAGAACCCCGGCAAAAUCUCCGACCGCCAUGAAAAGGCCUUCCUGGGCGGCAUCGAGUGUCUACUCGCCAAGGAGGGCAAGGAGAACCCCAAGCUACUCAGCAGCGACGUUGUCUCGAACAAGAUCCUCUACCAGCUCUACGAUAAGGAGUUGAUCUCCGAGGAGUUCAUCCGCAAGUGGGGCAGCAAGGCCAGCAAGAAGUACUGUGACCUCAAGACCUCUCGAGCCAUUCGCAAGGCUUCCGAACCUUUCAUUAUGUGGCUAGAUGAGGCUGACGAGGAGUCCUCUGAUGACGAGUAA